UGUAACAUCCGGGAUAAAGCCUCGUGUAUCCAGACUACAUUUUUUACAUUUGAUUAACGCGCGUUAGCUAAAUCUUCUUUUCCUGGCAUGGCUGACGAAGAGGUGACCUCCGGUGAACCGUCAAUCGUGAGACUUACCGUCAAGACACCCAAAAGUAAAGAGACAGUUGAGAUAUCAGCAGACGCAACCGUCAAGCAACUUCGAGAUGCCGUUUCAUCUAAAUUCAACAUUUCAUUAGACAAAAUAUGUCUUAUUUUUGGAGGCAAAAUACUGAAGGACGAGGACACGAUAGAGAAACACGGACUUCGUGAUGGGAUAGCAAUACAUUUGGUUAUCAAGGCGCAGAGCAAGACAACAAGCUCUCCUUCACCUUCCACUCAACCUAGUCAACCUAGUCAACCUUCUGGUCCAUCUGUGGCUACUAGUGGAGGUGCCGCUAGUGGAGGUGCCGCUAGUGGAGGUGCCGCUAGUGGUUUGGGUAUGGGAGGAUUUGGAUUUCCUGGAAUGGGAUUUGGAGGAAUGGGAGCAAUGGGAGGAGGUGGAGGACUUGGGGCUGGUAUGGGAGGAGGAAUGCCAAAUUUUGAAAUGAUGCAACAGCAGCUUAUGUCGAAUCCUGAAUUGAUGGCUCAGAUUAUGGAGAGUCCUAUGAUGCAGUCUUUGAUGAACGAUCCUGAAGUGAUGAGACAGAUGAUACACUCCAAUCCUCAAAUGCGAGAGCUGAUGGAGCGUAAUCCCGAAUUGAGUCACAUUCUGAACAAUCCGGAGACAUUGAGACAGGCAAUGCAGAUGGCUCGUAAUCCUGCCAUGAUGAGAGAAAUGAUGCGAUCUCAAGACCGAGCAAUGAGCAACCUGGAGUCAAUGCCGGGUGGUUUUAAUGCUUUACGUCGUCUUUACACUGAAGUACAAGAGCCGUUAAUGAGUGCAGCGCAAGAGCAAGCGCGAGAUGCGGUACAAGCUCAAAAUCCGUUUGCAGCUUUAUUUGGAGGGUCUUCUCAACCUUCUGCAGGCUCGUCGUCUUCUGCUCCUCAACAGUCACCCAACACGUCACCGAUGCCGAACCCAUGGGCGUCUGGUAGCUUAGGGGGAGGUCAACAAUCACAGCCACACGCACCGUCUAGUGCAGCAACAGGAAGUACAGGUACAGGGACGACAACAAGUGGUGUGUCUUCGUCAGCAUCUAGUGGAGCUGCGACUGGAGGAAAUCCGUUUGCUGGACUUGGAGCCGGAAUGUUUCAAAGUCCAGGCAUGCAAAGUAUGAUGCAGCAGCUGUCCAGCAACCCAGAACUAAUGCAAAGCAUGAUGGAUAGUCCUCUCAUGCAAACGAUGGUGGACCAAAUGGCAUCGAACCCUCAGACAGUCGAAGAUAUGUUGAGCAUGAACCCUAGUCUUGCUGCAAACCCCGAGACGAGAGAACAAAUGAGGAGAAGUCUGCCUCUAUUGGCACAACAGAUGAGGAAUCGGGAGUUUCGUAACGUCAUGAUGAAUCCACGUGCAAUGCAAGCCAUGCUACAAAUACAGCAGGGAAUGCAGCAGUUGCAGGCCAUAUCACCGGCGAUGUUUGGAAAUUUGCUGGCUGGGGCACAGCAGAUGGCGAGAGGAGGAGUGACACCGUCGGCAUCAGAUUCUACAUCUGCGGCGUCUCAGUCACAAGCUUCACCUCUUUUACCUCAAGGUCAGGCAGCACCUGGUAUGGUUGAGAGAUAUCAACAAGAACUAGAACAACUCAGUUCAAUGGGCUUCUUUGAUCGUGCUGCAAAUAUUCAAGCUCUCAUUGUGUGUGAAGGUGAUGUAAAUAAGGCAGUUGAAUUUCUACUCCAGAGUGGAUAAUUGAUCUUCUCAUUGUUCUGUUAUUCAUCUCUUCUGUUAGUUCUCUGUUCUACUUGUUCAUUCUUACACAAGACAUCCAAUGUAGAAUAAUCUAAUGGAAGUCUGUAGAUGAUGAUGAUGAUGAUGAUGAUGAUGGGUGGUGGUGGUGGCAAAUGAAUUUUUUGAGGCAUCCAGAAAUCUGACCUCACAAAUCUGUUAGUAAUAAUGUAGUGCCAUUAUCGGAUGGCAGUGUGAA